CCACAUCUGUUUGGGAGGCCAGAUCUCUACAAAUUCGUCUUGUUUCACCACUGCAAUAGCAUCCCAAUCAUGGCGGAAGAUGACUUAGGUUUUAUGCUCAGCCGGAUCCGAAUCACAGAGAACAAAGCCGAGAUCCUCCCACUGCAUAUGUCUUGGAAACAGGAUGAUGCUAAAGUGGAAAAGUUACGGUUGAUUGGGAAAUUGUUAUCUCGAUGGAGGAUCAACCUUAAUGGCCUCCAAAACAUUUUAAUGGCUUCUUGGAACCCUACGAAAGCUAUUGAGGAAAGGAUUGCGGUUGGGAAAGCAAACGGUGUUCUGCAAGGGGAGAACGCUAUUCCAAUCGCUAAAGGGGCUCUUGUUCCCUUAAUGAAUUUCGGCCACAUGGGAUUAAAAAGGAUUGGAACAAUUAGGGUCAUGGUUGGGAGCUCAUGGAGCCGAGGGAGGCGAGGACGUCCAGUAGCUUCUGAUGCUCAUAGUGACUCUCCUUUCUACAUUAAUAGUCUUAUUUAGCCCAUAUAACGAUUGUAAUUAUAAUUUUUAGUUGCAGAUGGCUCUUUUUACUUAAUUAUUUAUAUUCGUCAUGGGUAUAAUUUAAAUCUGUUACUAGGUUGUAGGUUAUGCUUCUGAUUCUGCUUUUUAGGCUCUCAUGAUUUAGACUAUAUGCCAUGUGAUCAAGUUUUUUAUUGUAUUUUCUUAUUAUUCAAUAUAUUUUCUAAAGAAGU